AUGAAUUCUAUUCAACAACUUAGACAACUUAUUCAAGAACUUUGUUGUGUAUUUGAUGAAAGAAAUGCGCAUAAUAUAAAAGAUGUCAUUUUAGAUACUACAACUGAAAAAAUAUUAAAGUCAUUUGUAUCAGUAGAUGAAUUAAAUUCAUAUGGAAUAUUACGUUUUAGAAUUCUUUCAAAUAUAGUAAUAAAUAAACAACCACUAUUUGAUAGACUUGGUAUAUUUAUAUUAACAUUUAAUGAUAAUAAUAUUCGGUUAUUGAAGGAACAUUUACGUGAUAAGGUGUAUUGGAAAGAAUCUAUUAUUUUUACUCAAACUGGAGUAUUAAAUGAAACUAUUGUUAGGGAAUUAAGUAGUGCUGAUAUUUAUAAUGUUAUUAAUAAUAUUGAGUGUGUUGAUAUUAAUUGGAAAUAUGUUACUCCUCAGGAACUUGAAUGCCAACAAUAUUUUCAUAUUAAUCAAAAAACUCCGUUAGAAAUGAAUAAAAAUUUUUCAUUAAUGAUGACAUUAUAUAAUCAAAAUGUAGAUAAUAACAAUACCUUAUCAGAAAGGAUAAAUAUUAAAUGUGGACCAACUCAUCAAAUCUUUCCAUUAUUUCAACCAAAUCCUUUAUUUAAUGAUGAAGAAUUCCAUCCAUUAAUAACUCGUAUUGUAGCAGAAAGGAAAAUGAUAUUCAAUGAAUCAUUUGAACUUAUUCUGGGAACACUGAAUGAAGAUUUUAAUUCAAAUAAAAUGAUAAUUUGGAUUAAUGGUGGAUUUACUCCAUUUGAAGAGAUUGAACUUCACAAAACAUUAUUAAAGAUGAAAAGUUCAACAGAAGUAAUUCUUGGAGGAAGUCAAUUAUUAAAUACUGAAUUAUAUUACCAAUGGCUAUCUAAUGAAUAA